AUGAAUGAAAUACCAAAACCUUGAGAAGGGGUGCAAACUCGAGAAGAGGAUGAUAACAAGCAAGAUUUGUUCACGAAGGGGCAAAGUCUGUCUGAAUCUCUGCUUCAAAUGCAAGAGAGUGUUAAGUCAGCUCACCCAGAAAUAUUUAAAGUGAAAAUGCAAGCGAAGAAGAAUGUUAGGACUAUCUCCACAAUGAGCAGCUCUAAUUACGAUAAUUCUGAUAACUCCAGUAAUUUGGGUGGCAAAGCAUUCAAGAUUCCCAAGAAGUUCCACGAAGGAGACGUUCUUACUGAAUGUGGUGAUAUUUCUGGCAACAAAUUGAUCAACCAACAAGAGCUCCCUCAUUGUAGUAAGGAUGAUGAAUGGAUGGAGACCAAGCGCAAUUCUGAAGAAGCCAUGCAAGAGUACCUACAAUUGAUCAGAGAUUCUCCCUUCUUGCUUAAGAGAAGCUUCCUGUAUAAUAGAGAAAUUGAUCAGAUCAAGGAUCAAGAGCAAGAGAAUAAUUAUAACCGGGCUAUUCAGAGUAUUCGUAAUCUUUUUGGCGAUGAAGAAAGUAUCAUAGCUGAUAUGGAGCUCCAUGAGGAGCCCGCACCAGUGAGUUUCUCUCCAGCCAAAGAUGACCAUUACUCCGACAUGGAUGACCUUCUGUCUAACCUUUCAGAGCCAAAGGGAAGGUACCAUGAUAACUUUGAAUACGAAGAAAACUCUAGUAUGAAAGAUGAUAGAGCUAAUUGGAACAUGAGUCAGUGAGACAACAAGAGUUUAUUGAGCCAUUCAAGCUACACUGAGGAUUUAGAGCCAGAGUUUAAGACCCCUCGGAAGCGCCCCUUAGGUUACGAGCAUGGUGAAAUGUCGCAAAAUAGGGAUAAGAGUAAUUGCAACAAAGUCAGGUUUUUGAAUAAGACCAGCCUUAAGAUGCUAGAGGCCACUUAUGAUCAAGCCAAAGCCAACAUGAUGAGGAACAUCUGCCAGUCUUACUCUGGUGCCAGAGGGUUAUGUCCUAUUUACGAAGCUGAUGAACAAAAUAUUACAAGAAACGACCAGCCUGCAGAUAUAAAAAGUAACUACUUUGGGUCAGAUCUUGAGGAAGGGUGGUGUAAAUAGCGACGAGAUCUUGUCAGCAGAUCUAGACUCCCAAAUAAAUGACAUUUCCACGCCUGAUGAGUCAAUGAGAGCCCAAAGUGAUAACUGGUCAAUGAUGUCUUACCCAAUCACCUCGAAUAAGGACAAUAAGAGCUAUAUCAGCUCUUCAGGAUUAGAGAAGAAUUCAAAUAUUGAAGAGAAUGACGAUUGCUCAAAUGAUGGAAAAAUGAUGACUCACAAAGACCAGGAUGAAAUGCCAGCCCCUCCAAAACGUAAGAGGAAGAAGUACCCCAACCCUGGCAAGACUAGCCGCAAGAGGAAGAGAAAACUCUACAAAAGAGACAUCUCUGGCAAAUUUAUUUCAAAUAAGCAGAAGAAGUCCAAGCUAUCUGAGAAUGAUCAAGCUGAUGAAGAGGAAAAGCACAUGAAGGUAUCCACUCAGAGUUGUUCUAGCUCUCACGGCUCGGACCAAAAAUCUGAGAAAAUAUAGCAAACUCUGCACCAAAGAAGAGGAACUCUGAGAGCAAGAGUCUUAGGCAGGGUAUGGCUAGUACUUCCCAGUUUCAGAAAAGAGAAUGAAAUGGCAUUUUGAAGCCUCCCCCUAUUCGUGCCAAAAAUCUUUUAUUUUCUGCAAAGCAACAUUUGUUAGGCAACAUGAUUGCACCUAAGACUAGGGCCGGAGAUCUCCAGAAGGUUCCUAUGGAUGAACUGGCCUUCAUCAAUUAUCAAAGGAACAAGCUUAAAGAGCUCCUAUUGAAUAAAAGAUAAGAGCUGAGCGAAAUUAUUCUCUUUAAAUCAUAGAUCAAGUAAAAAUAUUUGAGUU